GUUUUGGGAGCGCACUGCAGGAAGGGUCGUGCGCUGGGGAAACCCACGGUGAACGCAGCUCAUUCUCAGUAUACGGCUUCCAAUGACGGAUUCCUCUUUGUGCGCUAAGAUUAAAACUGCACACCGAUCCACGACAGAGCUGCAAAUUUAUAGCAGAUCCAGUUAUCGUAUCGACCAAGUCUGCUGUCGUCCUUAUUUCUGAUAUUGCCAUCGCAUAGCCAGCUACUUCCAUUGACAAAGGAGAAUAACUUGCUAACAACUUGUUUGCGUAUUUUUUGCGGGACUGGCUAUUCUGUUGGAAUGUCGCAGAAAGAGAGACCUACUUUCUACCGACAGGAGCUCAACAAAACGAUUUGGGAGGUCCCGGAACGCUACCAGAGCUUGUCUCCUGUCGGAUCUGGCGCUUACGGAUCCGUAUGCUCCUCUUUCGAUGUGAAGAUGGGCCUGAAGGUGGCGGUGAAGAAGCUGUCUCGCCCGUUCCAGUCCAUCAUCCACGCCAAGCGCACGUACCGCGAGUUGCGACUGCUCAAACACAUGAAGCACGAGAACGUGAUUGGUCUGCUGGAUGUCUUCACACCUGGAACAAGCCUGGAGGAGUUCAACGAUGUGUACCUGGUGACACACCUGAUGGGGGCCGACCUCAACAACAUUGUCAAGUGUCAGAAGCUCACCGAUGACCACGUGCAGUUCCUGAUCUAUCAGAUUCUGCGGGGGUUAAAGUACAUCCACUCUGCCGACAUCAUCCACAGAGACCUGAAGCCCAGUAACCUGGCUGUGAACGAAGACUGCGAGCUGAAGAUCCUGGACUUCGGGCUGGCGCGGCACACGGACGAGGAGAUGACGGGCUACGUGGCGACACGCUGGUACCGCGCCCCAGAGAUCAUGCUCAACUGGAUGCACUACAACAUGACAGUGGACAUCUGGUCUGUGGGCUGCAUCAUGGCCGAGCUACUGACCGGACGGACCCUGUUUCCCGGCACCGACCAUAUCGACCAGUUGAAGAGAAUAACUCUCCUCGUCGGGACCCCCGGGCCUGAGCUCAUGGAGAAAAUCUCUUCGGAGUCUGCCAGGAACUACAUUAACUCCCUGCCACAGAUGCCCAAAAGGAACUUUGCCGAUGUGUUCAUCGGGGCGAACCCUCUGGCGGUGGACCUGCUGGAGAAGAUGCUGGUUCUGGACACGGACAAGCGGAUCACCGCGUCGGAGGCUCUGGCCCACCCGUACUUCGCCCAGUACCACGACCCCGACGACGAGCCCGAGGCCGACCCAUACGACCAGAGCUUCGAGAGCCGCGAGCUGGAGAUCGAGGAGUGGAAACGACUGACCUAUGAGGAGGUGGUCAGCUUCGAGCCCCCGGUGUUUGACGGAGACGAGAUGGAGUCCUGAGGGGACCCCCCCUGCAACCCCCCCCACGGCGCUGAGGUCUCCUGCCUCUGGACCUUCUUGGACAAUGUUUAUACAAGUGCCUGCUGCCACACACUGCUGGGGGGUUCCCUGUGGCCUCAUGGGGUGCCCCCCCUCCUCCACUUUACAGCAGGGUGUUGUGGGUAAAACAACUUCGCUCCAGUCUCAAGACUGGCACAGGAACUUUAGCAAUGGAAAAGGAAAAAAAAUGUGUCUAUGUUCUGUGUUUUUACAGAUUCUUAAAAUUGCAGGCAGAAUGUUAUUGCUGGUCGUACAAUUUAUCUUAUUUUAUUGCUGGGGUAAAAUGUGUUUCAGUAUUCAACAGGAAAGACAAACAAUCAGGUCAGACAAUUCGAACAGUUUCUUCACUUGCUGGUAGUUCAAAAAAAAAAAUUGUUUUAUUAGUGACAUGAUACGGCUUUGACGUUUUCCUUCAUGGGAUUUCUCCAAAACUCUCAAAAUAAAUGUUGUUGCUUCUAGAGAGUUAUGGAGUUCUUAAGAGAACUUUGCUAAGUAGUCAAUAGACUGGGAGCUGUGUUUUAAAAUAAGUUGUUUUUAUACCUUAAAUGAAAAAAUGGCAUCUUAGGAGCCAGGAUAAUGGAGUUAAUUAGGCUUUUUUUUUUUACACUGACUGGCCUGUGCAGGUUAGCUGUACCACAAAACUGAACAAUCUCAGACACCAUUCUGGCUUUUCCAAGAGCCCAGGUUUUUCACACGAAAAGAUACACAUUCAUCCUGUAAAAUACCACAGCCAAUAGCAUCUUUAGCGAUGCUUAAUCGUUACCAGGCAACACUGGCAUGCCCACACAAGGACAGUUCCCAUGUUAGUAAAACUAGACCUUGCAUGGGGGGUUCACUAGAUUCAUCUAUAAUCCACAGUCUGCUGCAGUUUUGUGGCUUUUUAAACACUAGAACCACGAAAGCACAAGUUGUUGUACCCCAAACUCUUACAGUUACAUGUCGCUCUGUACCCCAAACACUCAAAUUGCGCUGUACUCCAAACACUCGUAUCGUGCUGUACCCCAAACCCUCUUCAGUUGCAUAUCACGCUGUACCCCAAAAUCUCUUCAGUUACAUGUCGCACUGUACGCCAAACACUCUCAAGUCAUGCUGUACCCCAAACGCUCAUAUCGCGCUGUACCCUAAAAUCUCUUCAGUUACAUGUCGUGCCGACCAACCGAAACGUAACUUGCGCUUCUUCUCCGUCGAUGUGCAGCAGGUGUUGUGUGGGACUGCCCCGUAAUGGCUGGGUGUUUAGUGUGAGGGGUGGGGGGUGGGGUGUAAAGGUAAUUUACGAAGUUUGAACUAGGAAAAAGGGAAAGUUGUUUUUUUUUUUUCUCCUGUGGUGGGAUUGGAAAGUGCUGUAAUUUAUAACUCCUGUAGGUGGCGGUAAAGGGCAAACUUGGCUCCCGCUUUGAGGAACUCCGGUUUUAGAGGUUUUACUGUAUCCGCGGAUGCGCGCCGAUUGCAGGCUCACAAAUCGGAAGUGCUACCUGAGCCACUGUCUCUUACUCCCAAAGAGCUGUCAAAAUGCUUCUCAGUCUCCAGCGAGGCAGUCAAAUCAGCAACUCCCAACAAGGAGCAUGUUUUAUGAAUAUUAAAGUGACUUCAGGAUGUACAUAAAUUAUCAGGUUUUUAUUGUUUUGUCCUCAUGACUGUGUGUUCAUGGUAUGAUAUAGUAUUACUUGAUUUCAUAAAAGCAAUAUCUGUAUCGAGCAUGACAUUCGGUGUGUGCAGGGAGUAUUCUGUCUGUGCAUGUUUACAGGAGUUUGAAGGGUAAUGUUGAAACCACACAUUGUUAUGUCAAUAAAAAUGUUUUUAAAAAAGGUAAUGGUAUUUAUAACUUGGUGCGGCAAAAAGAAAUAUUUAGUGAAUGUAGAAUGUUUGUUUUUUUUCCUUUAAGAUGUACACUUUCAUUAUUACAGGAGAGUCGGGCGUUAUUUUACGUACAUUACCUAUUCACAUUUUAACAGCUCGCAGGCGGAAGUACCCUGUAAAUACCACUGUGUAAAAAAAAUAAAAUAAUAAAAACAAUUAUUUUUCAAAA